UCGAUAGUUCGAAAUGAAAAUAUAGGUUCGACAUCCCUGGCCAAAAGACGAGAAAAGGGUGUUUUGGGAAAUGUUGAAUAUUUGCGUUAAGUUCUGAGACCUGAAUGAAAAGCCAUGCACCAGUGGCGUUAAUUGAUAAGUGCAGCAUUGGCGUUGGCAGGCGCCUGAUUAGUGUUUGUGGCGUGCGAUCGAGUCCAGUUGUCGUUAUAACCGAGUGACUUUUGUGACUGCAUUUGCAUGGAAUCGAAAAAUCCUAGGAGAUGUGUCUAUACCACAGAGUAACUGAAUGAGAGCACCAGUGUGUAGGUAUAUGUGCGCGAGUGUGUGUGUGCCAGCGCACUGGUGUUGGUCGCCACACUGAAAGAAUCAAUAAAGGAUGUGCUGAAGUCCUGCGGAUUGCUGCGGCCACCCACAGAGAGCAAGGAAGCGAGAGAGAAAAAGGACGAAAACACGGUCUCGCCCCCUCGCAUCGAAAUAAAAAUCAAGUUGCAUUAAAAUUUAUAUAUAUGUUUAUAUAUAAUUGACUAUAUAUUCUCCGAUAUGUGAUGCACUAACGGUAAAAAAAAGAAAUAGUUUAAAAAGCAAAAACAAAAAAAUAAUACAAAUUAAAAAAGAGAAAAAAACUGGAAAAAAAAAUCAAGAAACCUUGGAAAUUAAAAUUAAAUAAAAAUUGAAAGCCUAUUUCGUAUUCCUUUGAAACGUCAUGAUGAAGUUCUGCCUGAUAAUUGCGACACUAGUGUCGAUUGCAUACUCUGUGGAGGUACACUUCGAGGCACCCGAUAGCGGCUUCUUCCUGAAGCACGCCCGCCAACCACCUGUAACGCCGGAGAUCGCCAAUGUGCAGUCCACCUCAUCGGCAGUGCCGCCACUCCGGCAACGAUCCUCCUACGAUUCGGUUCUAUCCCUCGACCGGUUCACCGUGGUGGAGACCACCCAGCCGGUGUCCAUACGCGCCAGCUACGGCCCCUUCUCCACCAAGCAGACAGUGCCAGCUCGCUACAUUGUGCCGGACACGAUGGACAACCAGGCGGGCGACUACAUGACCAACUCGACGGCCACUCUGCUGGAACUGCAACAGCCCAACAUGCAUCUGGAUAUCUCCGCCCAUCUGGUGCGCACCAGUGUCUCGCAGGAUGCGCCCGUACUCCGUGUCCUCUUUCAUGCCGGCGCCGAUCCUGGCGGCCACCUGCAACGCCAAAAGGUCUGCGUCCUCCUGCACGUGGCCAUGGCCUCCGAACAGCCGCUAAAAGGACGCUGUAUGCCCGAGGGCGAGGACGGAGUUUGUGUGGCCGAAGUUGUGGUGCCGUUGGCCUGGUGGCCACCACUACCGCCUCCCAAUCAGGACGGAACUGGUCAAGCGCCGCCCAAGGUACCGCAGCGCUAUGCCCAGGUCUCGUAUAGCGUUUUCGAGCCACCGCUAAGGAAUCCCGAGCAAUGCGAACCAAAAGUCCAGAUCCAGCCACUGACCACGUUCGCCCAGGUUCCCCUGCUCCCCGCCCGCACCCCCUACCGAAUGCUGCGCGCCGACGAUGCCGUCACCUUCCUGCUGCCGCAGCAUCCACUGUAUCCGCUCUCCCGUCUCCAUGUGCCCGUCUUUCUGCAUCAGUAUCCGGAUCAGCGGGUGGCCGCGUUCACGGUUCGUGCCCGAGUCAAGGCUGGACUGAGAAUACUGGGCGCCACCGCCUCCACCGAUCUGUGGAGCGUGUCCGUGGAGAAGGAGAAUCCGAAGCAUACAACCGCCCGGGUAACCGCCUUCCGCAAGGAACAGGAAUCCAGCCUGGAGUCGUCGAUGUCGGGUGGAAAUUUCACUGGCGAAGUGCUGGAGAUAUUCUCGUGGCUGCUGGAGGUGGCCGAGGAUCCCAAUGAUAUCGUCGACGGGGGAAAGAUCGUGUGGUCGGUGACCCAUGUCUUCGAUACGCCGAAAGACAAGGACUCCGGCGAACUGGUGGCACCCGAUGACACCAAGAAGCGACUCAUCGCCAAGCUGGAAAUCAACAAGGACGACAUCCAGGCGGUGUUGCCGAUGGCCAAGAUCUGGGAGGUGAUGAACACGGCGGUGCUGACCGGACGGCAGGUGGCCCAGGCCAUGAAGGUGUUCAUUGUCUCGCAGGCGGGCAAGGUGGCCGACGUGACGCUCCAGAGCUCCUGUCACGCCGAGGACGAGAGUGUCAUCAAGGUUUCAUCGUCCUGCAGCUCGGUGUAUGUGGAUGGUUCGGAGCAGCGCGGCUCCUCCAAUGCCUCCGUUAUUGUCAAGUACGGCACCUAUGUGGGCGUGGCCAAGUUCAUUGUAUGGAUGCCGGAGUUCCCGCUGGAGGUCUACAUAUCGGACUUCCGCCUCUCCCAGAUCAAGGGCUGGAAGGUAACCGACGACAAUCACUAUCUCCACAACAAACAGUCGCGUCGCAGGAAGAAGAGAUCGUACGUUUGGGGCCAGCAUGGCACCAACUAUUACAGCAAUCUGGGCGCCGACAAGACGGUGUGCCGGGCCCGAUACCAGCAGAGUCCUGUGGAGGUUUACGCCAAGUUCCUGGCCGUGGAUCAGAACUCCGGACGCACCAGCUACUUCAUCUCGCGGCGCACGGGAUUGAGGGUCACGGAUCUGGUGCAGCCAUUGCUCCGUGUGGCGGAUCCGAAGAUAGCUUCGCUUAAGGGCCGCAUCCUGCAGGGCAAGUCGAUGGGACGCACCGAUGUCCAGGUGCUGUCGCCCAUCACCGGACGCGUCAUCGGCACCAAGGAGAUCCGGGUGGGCAGCGACAAGGUCAACCUAUCGAAGCUAAUCGUGCGCGUCAUAUCCGGCCUGCAGCUCACCAUCAGUCCGGACAACACCAUCGAAAACGGCUACCUGGCCGAGACCUCCGUCACCCACAAGCUGACGGCCCAGUACCAGGAGGGAUUGCUGGACAUCGACCUGGAGUUCACCGACGGCUCCAAGACCCCGUUGCGGGACAUUGCUGUGGAGGAUUACUUUUUGUUGGUGGAGAGCCUGGACACCGAAGUGGUGGCCUUUGCUCCCAUGCUGGCAUCCCAUCAUCCGCGCGUCAUCGCCGUCGGCGAGGGCAACGGCAACCUGCUGCGAGUCACGCUCCUGCUGUCCGAGGAGUGCCGGCAGCGUCGGAGCACUUUGAGCAGCACCAAGCAGAACAAGUCGAAUGCGGCGCCGCUGGCCAGCGCCCUGGCCUCCAUCGAGGUGGACUUCAACAACGUGGACAUCGUGAGCAAGCAGGAGGCCAUCCAGAACGAUGGCACCGCCAACAGGGAGCAGAAGAAGUACCGACAGAGCGGCGAUCUGGCUGACAUAAUUGUGGGGAUUCCGCUGCGAGAUUCCAGCCAACAGUACGAGCCAACUGUCCAGGCGCGUCAACAUCGCGGCAGCAUCCAGGCCGUCCAUAAGAAUCAUCAUGGCGUGAAGGGUGCCGCCGGCACCGGCACCAUGUCCUCCAUGGAGCUGGGCAUGUACGUUCUGCUGACGGCCUUCUGCUUCGCCAUCAUUGUCUUUGUCAUCUCGUGCGUGGUCUACGCCUCCAAGUUCAGGCCGGCCAUGAUCGAGUCUGGACUGGAUCCACUGUCUGUGGGCAAGGGCAACGGUUCCGGGGGAUCGGGUGGAUCGGGCGGCUUCCGGGAUGUACGCCUCAAGGAGUCGACGACGAAUGCCCAUGACUGGGUGUGGCUGGGACGCUCCACCAUCGAUCGUCAGUCCAUGGUGGCCGAAUCGAAUACGCACUUGAAUGCCCGGGAUUCUCGCAUGCGCAUCACCAGCAAUCCCAUCGUCAACUACGACAACGGGCGACGGGUGAGCUCGUUCGACCAGCAGCCCAAGCUGCAGACCCACAUCGUCCCAGCCUCGAAUCUUAACAAGCAGCACGCCGACCAUUACUUGUCCAACGAGCGGAAGGACAAUGCCUUGGACUACAAGCCGCCAGUGCCGCCGCACAGGAAUGUGGGAGCUCGAGCCUGUUUGCCCAUCCAGCCAGUCCAUGGCUCUGGUUCCGUAAAGGAUAUGGCCACUAAGAGGCACAGCCAGCUGUACAAGCGGGAACACUUGCCGGGCAAUGACACAAACGCCAAUCAGCCGUCCCAUCAGAUAGUCCAGUCCAACGGACAUCCUCAUCCUCAUCCGCAACAGCAUCAACGAAGUCACAGUCAUAGUCACAAUUUCAGUCAGGAGCCGAUCAUAAAGGCGGCCCACAACAAGAUCAAGCAACAGCAACAACAACAGCAGCAGCAACACCACCAACAACAACAGCAACAGCAACACGAGGAACUGCACAAUGCCGAGAAGCUGGUGGAGUACACGAAUCCCCAUCAGAAGAAUGCAUUCCAGUUCGAUUCGCUGACACCAAAGAGAGUAACCAAAGCAGGAGCAGGAGCAUCUGGCUCUCUCCUGGCCACGCCGCCAACAGCCAUCCAGCCAGUCCAGGGCAAAAUCAAAGUGACAGAGAACCAUAGCAUGGCGAGCAGCACUGGGGAUGCCCUGAACUCAAAUGGGACGGAUGAGAUAAUGCGGCUACCGUCGAGCGCCGUCAGCCAGGAGCCCACCACGAAGUCGUCGCGUGUCAAGCGCGCCACCGUGGUGGGCAAUCCCAUGUUCUCGGCCACCGUGGACGAGUCGGUGGCCAGUGGCGAGCGUCUCGGUCUGGACGAUCUCGACAUGGACUACGAGCAGAUCAUGCAUUAUUUUGACAACCUAAAGGAAUCAAAUGCCUGAGUACAGGAGAUAAUUGCUAAAAUUCGCGAGAUAUUGUCCACGUUCCAUCAGCGAUAUCAGACGGUUGCCACGCCCCUAGCCACACCCACUCGCAAACAGAUGCAGCUGCUCGACGAGCUGCUGGUUGCCGGAGUGACCAUGGAUGAUGGAGUUGCUCCUGCAACUGGAUCAGGUGAUGGUAAGGGUAAUGGUAAUGGUAAUGGAGAUGGAGAUGGAGAUGUAUUUGAUGCCUACGACGGAGCAUUCAACGUCGAGAGCAGGCAGUUCUAAGAGGGCGCAAUUCUAGCAAUACCAAGAAGAGAUCUUUAGGAAGACCACACACACACACACAGCCACACCCAUAAACCCACACCACCCAUCCAAACGCAUCCACAUCCCAUCACAGACACACCCAAUCACCCACUCACUUAAUCACACACCCAUUCGGAACCGAAAACCGUGCUGAAAUCCGUGCUGAGAGAAAGAGGACGUGCCGGAAGGAGAAGACAUAUUUAUUGCUAGGCCAUAAGUUCAUAUUAAAGCAUAAACCUAUAGGCAUAUGGAAGCUGGGAGCUGAUCCGAGCGAGGAGCGCGUGCUCGGAAGGAAAUAAUACAAAAAUACCAUACAGUACACAUAUAUUCUAUCUCUCUGUAUCUGCAUAAGUAUAUAUAUGUACGAUGUAGUUAAGGAUCAGCCAUCAUAAAGCCUAGCUUAAUCCGCACAUUGAUAAUCCCCAAAAAGGACCUUCACUCCACACACACACACACACACACACAUACACUUGUGUCCUUUGGAAGUCUUAGUUUUUUAUGUUUUGAAAGAAAAAAAAAGAUAUAGCAUAUCUAUUGGUACAGAUGUCCUUGAUCCUUCCACUAGGAUGUAUGUGUAUGUGUGUGUGGGAGUGGGAGUGGGAGUGAAGUAGAAAGAGAGGGAAAGCUAACAAAGAGGGAGAUGGAACGAUAUCCUACCAGUUAGGAGGUAGAAGUUCCCAAGUUCCCCCUCCAAUAUGUGCCGGGCACCGCUCCCAAAAGUCGCUAGAACCUAACUAUAUAGUAAUAUAUACACGAUAUAUAAAAACAAAAAUUAUUUAUAUAUAUAUAUAUAUAUAUAUUUAUGAUUAUAUAGUGCGCGCUAAAAAGAAAAAAAAAAAAGAAAUUGCUUUAUAAGUUGGUAUUAUCCAAUCGUAAGAACUCUAAACUAGAACCACACCGACACAGAAUCAGAAUGAUAUAUAGACGCUUAUGAGCUUUAUUUGAUCGAUUGCAUUAAAAAAGAAAAUGGAAGCUACAAAAAUCGAAGGAUUCCUCCUCGCAGGAUGUGAGGAGGGAUAGAAUAACCAAAUAUUAUAUGAUAUUAUCGAGCGAUCCAAGCUUUAUAUAACAAAUCUACCACAUAUUUAGAGCAUACGAGCAUAUUUAUUAUUAUUAUUGAAUUAUUAAUUAUUGUGGAUUAUUAUUAUUAUAAUGUAUUAUGAUUUAACCAACAAGGAUUCAAAUUAUAAUGCUUGAAUAGUGAAUUUUAAAUAAUAGACUAGACACACAGUCACAGCCGGAACAAAAAUCGAAUGCCAUUAAGGAUCUGUCUAUAUACCGUAUAUAUUCUUAUUUGUGUAAUGUGUGUAUCGGAUAUAUACUAUAUAAUAUAUUAUAUAGAGAGAGACUAUAUAUCAUAGCACUCCCCAAAAAAGCUACUCUUCAUUCCAUUAGAAAAUCAUUAGAUAAAAAAAAAAACAAAAAAACACAAAAAAGCAACAUGUAUUUUGUCUUCUUUCGUUACCUUCGUUCUAGGAUACUAUACAUUUCAAUAUCUUUCUAUAUCUUGUAUCUAUAAGUCUAUAAAUCCUGUAUCCUCUACACUGUAUACUGUAUCCUGUAUCCUGUAUCCUGUAUUCUGUAUCCUGUUUGUGUCGAAAACUUAUGUAGUUUAUGUUUUUAGAAUACCAUCUAAGUAUUAUGUUUGUUUCUCAUUUUAUUUUUUAUAUUUUUGUUUUAUUUUUUUUUUUUCAAUCAUUGUUUCAUAAUCAUAUGUUGUAAAUUGUUCCGUCCAAAAAAUAAAAAAAAAAAAAUAACAAAAAAUUUAAGAGAAAACGUAAACAAAAAGCUGAAAUAUAAUGAGAAACAAAAGAAAGCAAUCUUAUAUGAUUUUUGUAAGGAUGUAACGAUUGUAGGUCCUUGGAAAACGUUUUUUUUUUGGACAUUUAUUGCACUAUAACUGUACAUAAGGUGUUUAGAGUGCAGUGCGUCUCACGGCACUAUAUAGCUAUGAUACGCACUGUACGUACUAUUAAUAUUAAAUUUGAGUUGCUAUCCGUCGAAAAUGAAUGAAAAAAAAAGGACUGCGAAACAGACACUGAAACUGACACUCACACGAAUGAAUCACUAUAUAUCUUAGUCUAUCAUAGAACUAGUUUCAAUUGUUUGCUAGUUUCUAGCCAAGCCUCUCACUCGUCCUAAUUUUAGCUUGAUCCUUGAUCCUUCAUAUCCUGACACAUCCUGACACUCUGUCUCAGAUCUGCACUGCCAUUGGUGAAAAGUGAGAUUUAGGCCUAUUUGAAGCUUCCAGCAUUUACCAAUGCCAUAUAUAACUAAACGACAAAAAUAUUACAAUAAUAUUUAAACCUUUAUAUAAACUUAUCCUUAUGAUCCUUACACCCAAACACACACAGGACUCACACACACACAACCACAAACACAGUGACAUCCCAAUCUUGGCAGCCGAUCUUGGCCAGCAACGAGCUUACCACAGGCCUUCUUCCAAGCUUGCUUGUUAGAUAAAAAAUAAAAAACAGAAAAAUUAUAAAAAAAUAAUUAAUUAAAAAUAAAAAAUUAAUUAAUAAACUACCAACAGCCUCCCUCCAAAUAUAGUCAUACGCGUAGCUGAUCUAUAAACUGAAACAGCCAAUCGGAUUGUCACAAUGCCUAGGAAAAAAAAUUAAAAAAUAAUAUUUAAAAAAAACACAAAGCAUUUUUUAAACUACAAUUUUAUUUUUUAUGGAAACAAGACUUUUUUUAUACCUAUUUUCCUUCAAAAUAUACCUUAAAAUUUAUAUAUAUUAAAUUAGAUUUAUUUUUUAGCAAUUUUUCGAUUUAAGUUUAAAAAAAAUAAUUCAUUUAUUUUCUAGUCAGUUCAAAGCGUUCAAUUUUUUAUUCGUUUUGUCACCCAUACUGCCACACACACACGCAUACACACACACACAUACACUGAUAGUUCGAUAGCUUUUACCGCCCACCCCCUGUGCCACGCCCCUCCAGCCCUCUUACACCUAAGCUGUAUGUAUUUGUAUGUAAUAUCCUUGAAAACAAAAAGAAAACAAUUUUAAAAUAAUGCACACAAAAAUAUGAAAAAUAUAUAUUAAAAAAAAGGAAAAAUACUUUUGAUUUUAUUUAAAAAAAAAAAACAGUUAUUUUUCAAUUCCAUUCGAUAUAUAUCCUGGAGUAUAUAGCUCGUAAUAUCGAUAUAUUUGUGGCAUUCUAGCGACGGCAAUGUGUAAUGCUAAGAGAAAAAACAAAAAAAAUUAAAUUUUAAUCGAAAAAAGAUCGAAAAGAUCGAUUAAUCGAAAAGAUAUCACAAUGUUGUUUAUGCUGCUUUUUUGCAAGAAAAUGAGAAGAAUUACAAUUAGGCUAUACCUAAAAUAUACAUACAAGUCAUAUAUAUAUAUCCCUAUAUAUAUAUAUAUAUAUGUAUAAAUUAAUAUAUAUAUGUGUGUGUAUGUGUACGAGAGCUAAAUUCGCAUAGCUUGGCAUAAAAUGGAAAUAACCGUAACAAAUCUUACCACUAAUUAAGAUAAGGAAUUAAAAAUUACGAUAAAUCGAUAAAUUCGAUCAAUUCGAGCAAAUAUAUAUACGAACAAACAAAAAUAUAUAAUGUUUUGCCAUGUAAGUUCUAUGAAUGUCCCACCUGCCUGAAUCCGCUUACAACAACAAAAAAAAUCAUAAAAACAAAAAAACGCAAAAAAAAGUGUAUCAAAACUACAACAAAAAAAAAUGUGAAAAAAAAUCAAGGCUUCACACCCCCCGCCUCCCCCGCUGAUUUGCACCUACUCCCCACAUGCCCGCCCCCCGCCUUCCCAAUUCAAGCGAUAUAUCGAUUGAUCCGCCGCAUAAUUGUUAACAUUUGUAUCGGUUAUCUAAACGUAGUUGUUGUGUAUGUAUGUAUGUAAGUAUGUAAAUGUGUGCUUACCCCGAAAAUAAAAAAAAUGAAAAAGAUAAAGCUAACGAUUAACGAUUAACGAUAAACGAUGUACGAUGUACGAUGAACGAUGAACGGUAAACGGUAAGAGAGAUCAAGAGGAAAGCAAAAAAAAAAAAAAUUAAUAUUCAAUUCUUGUUGUUAUUGGCAGCGCAUGUCUUUUAAAAGCUAGUGAUAUAUGAUUUUCUCUUAAAAAUAUCCGUUUUUUUUUUCUAAGCAAGCAAAAAAUAAAAAUAAAUAUAUAAAAAAUUGAAUAAAAUCAAUCAUUAUCCUGAUGAUAUCCUGCCCAAAAACCUUCCUAUACACACAAACAGACACACACACACAGAACACACUCAGAGUGAUCUCCGCGAAAUGCUUAUAUUACGAUAUAUAGUAUAUAUACACACCCAUAUUUAAACAGCAUAUAAAGAUUAUGAUAUAUAUAUAUAUAUAAAUCAUACCAAUUGUCUAACAUUUUCGAGCAAGAAAAACCAACCCUUUUCAAAUUCAUCCAAAAAUCUAAAUAAAAAACGUAAUACAAAAACGAAUAUAAAAUUGCAAAAAUAAAUAUAAAUAAAUAAAUAAAAUACACUUCUGCUUGCUGUUGAGUUCCAUCAUCGGUUAAAGCUGAUCCUUUGAUCCUUCCGAUCGUUUGUACCUUAUUUAAAAAAAAGAAGAAAAAAACAAACAAAAAAUAAAGAAAGAAAAAUAUCAUAUUAGAGCAACAGAAUAAAAGAGUAAGAGAUUAAAAGGAAA